AUUAUUUAUAUGUUAUUAUGUCGUUCCUUUACUGGUCUGUGUGUGGUCCCUGAACUCAGCUGAGUUGCCUCCUCUGGUUUACAGUAUACAGAGAGGAAACCACGUGACACUGAAAGAGGAAAUCAGUCUCCGGUGAAGCUCAUCUUAAGUGCCUUUGGUUUAGCAUCACAAAUAAAGCUUUUAUUUUUUCAAUAUUAGCCCGGAAGUAACGUCGACUUCAUCUGCUGUGUGUCUUGACACAAAUACAACGUCAACAAGUCAAUCGUUUACCAGACGGAUCUGAAACGGUCCAGUGGAACUCACACCACACUUCUGGGACAGAUUUGCGUCAGAGCUUAACCAUGAAGGUCUUAAAUAAACAUGAACUACAAAUUGCUGAAGAAGUCUUGCUGAAACACAUACCCAAGAGUUUUAAGGUCUAUGGUUUCAUAUAUGCAUUAAACAGGAAUAAGCCCACCACUAUGGAGGUAGUGGUCGAUACAUGGCCUGAUUUCAAGGUUAUUAUUUGCAGACCUGACCCCCAGAAGAAACUUACUUCGGAGCUGUUAAGGAAGGUUUCAUUUUACUGCAUGGAUGAGCAGAUUUUAAGGAAAAUGCUCACAGAAGAAAACGCUGUUGACUUCAGCACUUUUUUUCGAUUUUCAGGGUUUGACAUGUCCAUUACCGGCAUGAUUAAAGAAAUCUCAUCUGACAGAGGAAUCAACACUAGGAGCUUAACGGUGGUAAAUCUUCUGUAUUCACCAGACUGCAGCAGUUUGAUCUCACCAGCAGUUGACAGUGAUCUUGAAUCAAGGAUUUCCUCACUUAACCUCUCUCAUGUGGAUUUGGUGAAUCAAACCUGGAAGUUUGGAGGCACUGAGCAGGGCUACAAAAACAUUACAAACCUUAUUAGCAACUUCCCCUCAUACUGCAUCACUGAUGACCAGGGUCAGCCAGUGUCCUGGAUACUAGUGUAUGAUUACUGUGCUUUGGGGAUGUUGUACACUCUGCCAGAGCACAGAGGAAAAGGAUACGCCAAAGUGCUGAUCAACACCAUGGCCAAGAGCCUCCACGCUCAGGGCUUCCCAGUGUACUGCUUCAUCGAGGAGGAGAACACGAUCUCCUACAGGCUCUUUAAGAGCAUGGGCUUCAUUGACGUUCCGUCUUACAGGGCACAGUGGCUUGAGAUCAACUGUUGAUGUUCACAUUUAAAGGUGAUUCAUUGAUCUUUUGAAUAAUAAUAUGAUUAUGUUCAGGUAAACGGAUAAAAUGUGAAUAUGGUUAUUAUGUAAAGGAAAUUCAAAUAUUGUCUGUAAUGAUGCACUUUGAAUAAUCUUGUUUGUUCUUUUUAGGCUUUCUUACUCAUAUUUUAUAUGAUUGUAUUACAGACAAAUGUACAAUAAAAUCAAAGGGUAUAAUUUUUACUUCACCAGUCCUGUCUUCUUUUUGCUGAUGGCAACAAUUUCAUUCUGAGGCAACACAUGCAUUAGGCAGCCACCACCAAACAC